CUCUCUCUCCUCCUCCUCCUCCUCUCUCUCUCUCGUCUGUGCAAGUCCCUCUGCAGCUUUCUCUGUCUAAAAGUCACUCGUGGAGACUUGAGAGAGCCAUGGCCAUUGGCCAGCCAUUUCACUAAACUUUUUCCACAAACGAACUAAGCGUACUGUCUCUAAUACUUCACAAUACGGUGCGUGCAGUUAGGAGGAGAGAGAGAUCUGGUUUCGGUUUUCCGGCGAAAUGGAGGACGAGAAAGGAGCGAUAGUGCAGAGUUUGAUUGACACAGUGCACGAUAUAGCUUCGAUCUCUGAUUAUAGGUGUACGGUCAAGAAACAGUAUUGCAAUUUGGCUAGGAGAUUGAAGCUUUUAACGCCAAUGUUCGAGGAGAUUAGAGAAAGUAAGGAGCCGAUCCCUGAUGAGUCUAUGAAAGCUUUAGUUUUGUUGAAAGAAGCUUUGGAUUUAGCUAAGGAGUUGCUUAGAUUUGGUAGCGAAGGCAGCAAGAUCUACCUGGUCUUGGAGAGGGAACAAAUUAUGAAUAAAUAUCAUCAGGUGACAGCUCAAUUGGAACAAGCCCUAAGUGGAAUUUCCUAUGAAAAUCUUGACAUAUCAGAUGAAGUUAAGGAACAGGUUGAGCUUGUCCUUGCACAGUUCAGAAGAGCAAAAGGAAGGGUUGAUGCUCCUGAUGUUGAACUGUAUGAAGAUCUCUUAUCCCUUUACAACGAGAGCAAAGAUGCAGCAACAGAUCCAGCUGUCCUUAAAAGAUCUUCUGAGAAGUUACAGUUGAUGGGGAUAGCAGACCUUACACAAGAGUCAUUGGCUCUGCAUGAAAUGGUUGCUGCCACUGGUGGUGAUCCUGAAGAGAACAUUGAGAAAAUGUCGAUGUUGUUGAAGAAAAUUAAAGAUUUUGUGCAAACAGAAAACCCCAACAUGGAUGCUCCUUCAAGAGAAAAGAAUCUUCCCCCAAGUGGCAGUGGACAAGCUUCCAUGAAUGGGAAUCACAAAACCCCAGUUAUACCAGAUGACUUCCGCUGUCCAAUAUCCUUGGAAUUGAUGAAAGAUCCUGUUAUUGUUUCAACAGGGCAGACUUAUGAGCGUUCCUGCAUUGAGAAGUGGCUGGAAGCAGGACAUGGCACAUGUCCAAAGACACAACAGACCCUUACCAGUACGGCACUCACACCAAACUAUGUACUCCGCAGCCUUAUAGCCCAAUGGUGUGAAGCAAAUGGAAUUGAACCACCAAAACGACCCAGCAGUUCUCGAUCAAACAAAACCACAUCUGCCUACUCACCUGCUGAGCGUACAAAAAUUGAGAUUCUCCUUCACAAACUCACAUCUGGUAGCCCUGAAGACCAGCGAGCUGCUGCAGGUGAAAUUCGCCUCCUUGCCAAGCGUAAUGCAGAUAAUCGUGUGGCUAUUGCUGAAGCUGGUGCAAUCCCUCUCCUUGUAAGCCUCCUCUCCACGCCUGAUUCCCGUACACAAGAACAUGCAGUUACAGCACUUCUUAACCUUUCCAUAUGUGAAGAUAACAAAGGAAGCAUCAUAUCAGCUGGGGCAGUUCCUGGUAUAGUGCAUGUACUCAAGAAGGGUAGCAUGGAAGCUCGGGAAAAUGCUGCAGCCACCCUCUUUAGUUUGUCUGUUGUGGAUGAAAACAAAGUUACAAUAGGUUCUUCAGGGGCUAUCCCACCACUUGUGACUCUUCUAAGUGAGGGAACACAAAGGGGGAAAAAAGACGCUGCGACUGCACUUUUCAAUUUGUGCAUUUAUCAAGGCAACAAAGGGAAGGCAGUGAGGGCUGGAGUUGUACCCACACUAAUGCGUCUGCUAACUGAACCUGGAGGUGGAAUGGUGGAUGAAGCACUCGCAAUUUUAGCAAUAUUGGCCAGCCAUCCUGAAGGGAAGGCAGCUAUUGGAGCUGCAGAAGCAGUCCCAGUUUUGGUGGAAGUUAUUGGGAAUGGAUCUCCAAGAAACCGGGAGAAUGCAGCUGCAGUUUUGGUGCAUCUUUGUUCUGGAGACCAAAAACAUUUGGCUGAAGCACAGGAGCUUGGAGUAAUGGGGUCCCUAAUAGAUUUGGCCCAAAAUGGGACGGACAGGGGAAAGAGAAAGGCUCAACAGUUACUGGAACGUAUGAGCCGGUAUGUUGAGCAACAAAAGCAGGGUCAGGCACAAAUUGAGUCUCAAUCUCAAGCUCAACAGCCAUUACCAUCCGCCACUGCAAAUUCUGCUGAUAGCUGACAUUUUUUGUCUACCAUUUACUUGAUUGGUUUUUUUUUCUUGUUUCUUUAUCGGAGAGGCAGCCUUGGUUUGGAGGGGAAGGUGGAAGAUCACCUGUCCAGUUAGUAAGUUAUUCAUUUUGUUUGUGUUGGAUGAGGACUAAAAUUGAAAGAAGGUUAUGCAGAGAUCAAUCAAUGGCGAAAGAGGAAGAGGGAAAAAAAAAAAAAAGAAAGAAAAGAAAAAAGAAACUUGGGACGCAUCUGACGUGUAUUUGAAUUGUAUACCAUUUACAACAUGUAAUCAUCCUCAGUUUUAAUUGAAGAGAUGUUUCCUGUAUUCCAAAUGAAAUGAUGUGAUGGAAAUGAAGAAAUUAGAAAUGAAACUAUAUGUUUUGCUACUAA